GGGAUAUGUAGAUACAAGCAUUGAACAUUUAAAAGAUUAAUAAUACUUAUUUUUACAAUUUUUAACUUCUUUACUUACUACAGCGCUCAUUUAGACAUGCUGAUGUAGAGCAGCUUUCUACUGAAUUAAGUACGUAUCAUCCACUGGGAUUCUCCAGACAAUUCAUGAAAGCAAUAUGGCAGAGGAUAAACUGCUUCAGAAAUAUUUGCAAAGUUCCGACAAGGACUUACGUUACAUGGCUUUGAGUGAUUUGGGCAAUAAAAUUACUAGUGAAAAGCGUUCAAAUAUUGCAGAAGUAUUUUCCAGUGGAGAUUUUAUAGCCACUCUUAUUCAAGCGUUAAAGGACCCUGCUCCAGAGGUUCAACAAGAAGCAGCACAAUGUGUUUCAUUGGUGUCUCUUAAAAUCUCCGAUCAAACAUUGGAAUAUGUAGUUGAGCAACUUCUAGUUGAGUAUUCUAAGAGCUACGAGAAGAAUUAUAUAGCUGCGUUGUGGAUGAUACUGUCUCGAUCAGAUGCUCAAUCCAGCUUAAGCCAUUUGUAUAAUACAAAGAUAUUCCCCAAGAUCAUUACUAUAUUAGAAACCCAGAGCGUUGAGUCAGAGGAAUCUUUAAGUCUUAUAUCACUUGCGAAUGACUCAAUGGGUCUGUACUCUUCAUCGCUGUCAGCUUUGCCAGCCGAUGUUGCCUCUGCUUCUUUUCAAGUAUUCCAAAAGUACAGCAAGGAAUCCCCGCGUGUCUCGAUUUCGAAAAAAUCUAUCAAUUGUAUUUGCAUAUUAUCCAUGUACGGUCCUGAACAAUGUUUAAAUACUCUUCUCAAUAUUCUCAAAGUAGAAUUGAUGGAUAAACCAUCCAAGCAGGAUUUGUAUACAGCCGUUCUAUUACUUAACCAAAUUCUUAUUGUUUCAACAAAUAGCUCGUCAGAGCAUUCGAUUAAGUUUUCUGCGUCUGCACCAGGUUAUCUCACGGUCAUAUUGAACCUACUAAAGGAUGACUAUGAUUCAUUCGACACUGUACAAUUACUACUGAAUACUCUUUCCCUUCUGGUCAAAUGUCAAAAUCCCAUUGUUGAAAAUACGUGUAAAGAUCUGAUCAAUGUAUUGAAGGAAAAAAUCCAGUUUGACCCUAAUGUGGUUUCAGAUGCUGAAGAUGAUGAGGAUAUGGAAGAUUUUGAUGAGGAAGAUGAUUUUGGAAGUAUGUAUGAAGAUGAAGAAGACAAUGCAUGGUUGAUUAGAAGAGAAGCAAUUUCAGUUGCCUCCUCGAUAGUCACUUCUCAUGUCGAAUUGCUAAGUGUCUUAUGGGAGGAUUUAGGGGAAUAUAUUCUUAAAGCUCUUUGCGAUAGGGAAGAUAACGUUAAAAUUUUUGCAAUUGGAUUUCUCGAAUUAUUUUGCGAACAAAUUCUUGUCUGGAAAUCAGAAAACUCCAAGCCCAAGGGAAAAAGAAAGUUUUCAGAGCUUUCAUCCCUUUCAAACAGUACUCCUGACGAGAUUUUUGCCCGUUCUCUUCCUUUACUAUGUACUUUUUAUGAAAAGUUAUCAAAAAAAUCGCCAUUGUCAGUCAAAACUGGCUUAGUUAAUUUGGCAUCCCAGAUUUUCCGAGCUGUCCCAGAUAAACUCGAUAAUCAUUUUAUCGGUUUAAUGUCAAUCUUAGACUCCUUUCAAAAUUACACAACACUGGAAUUAAGAUUGAAACUCGAUAUUGUGAACCUAGUUUCUGCGAUCGUUUCCUCUAAUGUGAAACCUGUAUAUUUGGAAAAGCUUCAACCUUUAAUUACGUCUCUACUCAUUUCAUCUUCCCAAGACAAAUAUCUCGAACUAGUCUUUAAAGCUAUUCAAGCUGAAAUACUCCAAUGCGAAUACUACGCGCAUGUUACUCCUAACGUUCUUCGAGAUGAAAUUAUGCAAAUGGCGAAUGCAAACAUAGGACUUUUUUCUUCAGGAAACCUAGAUCAGCGUAUCAGAACAUCCUUAAUCGAAUUCCUAACGAAAGUAGUAGUUUAUUAUCACAAUAACAUAUCCACGGAAUUCUUGUAUUCUGUGAUCACAGUUUUAGCGAACAAACUUGAUGAGGAACCUACUCGUAUUCAAGCUGCGAAUGCUCUUGCCGAAAUAUUUUUACGGACGGAGAGCCUCAACCUACUAAGAGAAAAUCAUACAACAAUGUUACAAAAGAUCCUUGCCUCUUGCAUUCUAUACGCAAAGAAGGCCGAUUUUUCACUCGUUAUAAACAGUUUACGUCUAUUGCAGAUUCUGCUUCCAACUAUACCUUACAUUCUAUCGGAAGAUAAGACGAAUGAAUUGACUGAAUUCUUGAUUAGCUUGGAAUUGGUAGAACCCGAAGCUGUGAUCGCGAAAUACGACUGCCUAUCGGAGAUACCCCUUGGGUUUUUGAAGCAUUUUCGUGGAGUAAUAAUAUCAAACUUAAUUUCAUUAUUAGAACAUAAUGAAAUCCCAGAUGAUCCAGCUUUCGUCGACUCCUUUGUGAAACUAGCCUUAAAGAUUGCCGACCAGGAAUUAAUUUCAGACUUCAUUAGGCAACUAAGCACCCUCCAAAAAUCAUUACAAGAGUCUUUUGUCGUUGGUUUAAUUGCAAAUAAACUUACAGAAUUAUCUGGAAAUACUAGUAUGGCUCAAACAAUUUUUGACGAUUUGCAAAACCCUAAAUUAGAAAAACGUCGAAAGAUAUUUUCUACAUGUUUCGUCGCUUCCUUAGUUUGUUCGGAUGAUCGUCAAACUGCUGGAAGCUACUUUCAAGCUUUAACGAAUCAACUUAAUUCACCUAACGAAGAAAUAACCCAAGCUGCAGCAGUCGGAGUUGGAAGACUGGCGGCGAAAGAUGAGCUAUUUGUUCAAACAUUAUGUACAUUAUAUGAUUCGGAUGCCUAUCCGCGAGAGCUUUUGUUAACAUCUUUUACUAAUGUCCUAAAAAACCAAUUAAGUGCUGAGACUGCUGAAAAUAUAUGGACUACUGUAUGUCGGUUUUUAGGAGACGGCGACGUUACCAAGCUACAUAUAUCAGAAUGUUUGGGAUUGCUUUUGCUACAAGAAUCUGUCAAUCUAUAUCCAAAGCUUCUGGAGCUAUCAACGAAAGAAACUUCUGAGUUGAAAAUGCAAGCUUUAAGCAUUCUUCGGUUUAGUCUUUCUUAUCAUCAUCGGAAAUGGUGUAAUGCACAGAAAACAACAUUUUUCUCUGUUUAUAAACUAAUAAAUGAUUCGGAUGUUCAUGUUCGUGAAGAAGCCUUACAGUUAUUACUGACUGCAAUCAGAAAUAAGCCUAAGUUUAUUGAAGAAAUAUUUACUGAUCUCAUAUCAGCUCUAUACUCUAAAUCAUCCGUGGACCCUGAUAGCAUAAGGACUGUGCAGAUGGGACCUUUUCAGCAUAAGGUUGACGAUUGUCUGCUUCAUAGACAACUCGUUUUUGAGAUUGUGUACUCUUUACUCGAGUUUCCAGAGUCGAGAAACAAUAUAGACUUAUUUAUGCAGAUUACUACGAUGGGACUUAAGGAUGAACAGUACAUUAAUUUGCUCUCCAUCUCCAUUUUAGAGAAAUUGAUUGAAAUAGGUCCAUCAGACGUAUUUCAACGACUGGAUUACGUACUCGAACCAUUGAAGGAUAUUUUGAAGAAACAAUCAAACGAAAAGUCGCUAAAAACGGAUUCAGACAACAUUCACGAUUUAGUUCGUGCUGCGCUAAGAGUUGUAAUCUCCUUGAAAGCGAAAUACAAUAAUCCUGAAGUUUUGGCUUUAGACAACGAGACUAGGAAAGGUCCCUAUGCUCUAGAGUAUUUGAACGUGGAAAAUGAAUUAAAAAGCUUAAAGAUUGUAGAAGCAAACUAGCGAAAACCGAACAAUACGAACUGUGACUACAAUCAUAUCGAUGGUUACUUUCUGAGGAAUUAGAAG